AUGAAAAGAGUUCGUCGACCAACUGCCAAAUCUCAUCCCGUAAACACUUUCAAUGAACACCAAACACUCAAUUCCGAUCGUGAUGCCGAAGAACCUCAUCACGAUGACAUUCACAAGACAAAUGAUGAUCACGAAUAUGAAGGUGACAGCGAUGAAGAGCGUGUAGACACAUACUCUCAGUCGGAUGAUGAAAGACUUGAUAGUGAAUUCACCACCAGUGAUCAUCAUUCGAAUAGUACUACUACUACCAAUACCAAUACUAUUUCAACGAAUACUACCAGCAAUGCGCAUCAUUUAAAACAAAUCUAUCAACAAGCACUUGUACAUUUCAAAGAAGAAUGUUUGGAUACAAUACCUCAAACAAGAACUAAGCCUUAUCAGUCACUUAUCGAAAAGAUUGACUCAUGUAUUCAUCGAUCCAAAGGAAUGGUCAUUUAUGUUUUUGGAAAAUCUGGAACUGGAAAGAGUUUCACGAUCAAAAAGUUAAUUCAUGACAUUCAACAAGACUCUCAGAAAAUGAAACAUUUAUAUUCAACCAUUCCCAUCAUUGAUUGUAUCGCAGAAGAAGUGAAUUCUCUUCAAAGAUUAUGUAAUCAAUUACAUGAACAUUUUAACAAGAGAGAUUCAUUAUCGACAAGAAACAAAAAAUCUGUAAAAGCCUCCAAUUUAUUCUCCAACUCCACUAACAACAACAACUCCAAGAAGAAGAAGAACAAACUUCGUCUCAUCAUUCUCGAUUCAGCAGAUCAACUUUUAAAAAAUCAAAAGGUGAAGGAACACAUUCAAAAGUGGUCUCAACAAUCCUCUUGUAUUUUCAUUCUUGUCACUUGUACACAAAUUUUGAGUCAUGAUGAUGAUUUAAUUCUUUUCACACCAAUACCCUCUGAAGAAUUACAAGUGAUCUUACAAUCAAAAUUGAAAUUUCUCUUACAAAGAACCACACCUCCCACCAUCGAUUCAAAUUUAAUUUCAAUCAUUUCUAAACAUUUUGAUGAAUUUGACUUACGACAUGUCUUGAAACUCAUUCAAAUCGUUCUCACCACAUGUAUGGAACAAUUGAGACCAUGUGUGGAUAUGGCAGUGUUUUUUCAGACUGCUGCCCAACAAGUAUCCAAAUCGAAUCCAGUCACUCUGAUUAGUCAAUUGACACUUCCUCAACAGAGAUUAUUGGAGAUUUUAACACGAAAAGAAGGAAUUGUUCGAAAUGAACAAGAAUAUAGAAGAACUAUACAACAAGAAUAUCAGAGAAAAAGAAGAAGGCAACAACAAGUCUUGUGUUCAUCCUCUUCCUCCUCCUCUUCCAAUCCAAUCAUCAUUUCGAACACUACUUCUACUACUAACAUUACUGGUGCUGCUACUACUACUAUUACUACGAACACUUUUACUACUACUACUUUUACUACGAACACUUUUACUACUAACACUUUUACUACUACUACAUGUUUACCACCACCACCAUCACCACCACUCUCAUCCUCUUCUUCUGAGAGUGAAGAAGUGGUCAUGAAUUAUCCUCAAGAUUUAUUAGUCUUUCAUGAAACAGUGUCAUUGGAUCAUGUGGUUCGAAUCUAUCAAGACUAUAUGAAAGAUUUUACCAAUGAAAGGAUUACCUUUCAAGAAGUGAAAGAAAUGUGUCGAGUGUUGGAUGAUUUGAAAUUGGUGAAAUGUGGUGUGAUGAACAACAUGGAACAACAACAUGUUGAGGAGGAUCCAAGGUUAUGGUCUCAAUGUUUAGUGAGUGCUGUACACCAUCACCAUCACCAUCACCGACAAGAACACUCUUCAAGUUCACAACAACAACCACCACAGAAGGAUCAUCUUGUCAUUGAAACAGUCACUGUCUUAGUUUCUUAUGAAACUGUUCAGGAAGGAAUUGCAAAUAGAAGGGAAAGAAUGGCACGAGAGGUCUAG